AUGGAGAGAAUAAAGAGACUCCUUUCCCGUACAAGACGAUCCCAGUCUGUUAGACCCCAGCUACGUCUGCUGCAGCCACAGCCGCAGCAGCAGCAGCUGCUGCUGCAGCAGAAGCAGCAGCAGAAGCAGCAGCAACAACUGCAGCAACAGCUGCUGCAGCAACAGUUACACCAACAGCUGCAGCGCCGCCCAUCAGAGCCAAACUCCCCUAGAGAGCAGCAGCUACACCUCCCAGGACCAGAAGCCACAACCCCCUCAACAGUAUCAGCAACAGCAGCAGCAGCAGCAGCAGCAACAGCAGCAACACGAGAGAGACCUGCUGCUCGUGGUUAUGCAGAUGCCCUCUCUUAUAGACGAAGUGAUUCUUUGCCUAAUAAUAGACAUCUAAGGAAUAGAACUAUUGAUGAUUCCCCUCUGCUGCUAAAGGGUCCUCGUCGUGCUGCUGCUGCUGCUGCUGCUGCUGAUGGUCCUGCUGCUGCUGGUGCUGCUGGUGCACGACACCCCUUCUCACCCCGUGUAGCAGCUGCAGCAGAAAGAGACUCCCCCCCGUCAGCAGCAGCAGCAGCAACACCAGCGUCAACAGCAGCAACAUUUGCAAAGAAAACGACAGCAGCAACACGAGCAGCAGCAGCAACAGCAGCAGCAGCAGCAACAGAAGCAGCAACGCGACCAAAUGACCUCCAAAGGAGUGGGCGGAGAAGUACACAGCAACGCGAGUCCGUAUACAAUUUACAGCAGCAGCAGCAGCAGCAGCAGCAGGUGAAACAGCAGCAGCAGCAGCAGCAGCAGCAGGUGAAACAGCAGCAGCAGCAGCAGCAGCACCAGUCUGAGGAAGAAACACUGCAGUUGCUGCUGCAACUGAAGCCGUCGCCGCAGCAAACAGAAGAGUCACCAGACACCUCACGGAGACCAUCAAAGGAAGCAGCAGCAGCAGCUCCAGCAGCAGGCGCUCCACCAGCAGCAGUUAAAGUGUGUGCGGGUGCUGCUGCUGUGGUUUCUAAGCCGUCGCCAUCGUCUGCUGCAGCAGUGAAAACAGCAGCGACAACAGCAGCAGCAGCAGCUGCUGCUGCUGCUGCAGCUGCUGCUGUGCUGCCAGGACGCAGCAGAGCUGCGGUGCUGCGCGAAGCACCGCCUGUUGGCGUCUUAGGCCUUGGUUGUGCUGCAGCAGCAAAAGGUAAUCAGAGGAAGGGAGGCAGAUUAGCCGCUGCUGCUGCUGCUGCUGCUGCUGUAGAACAACAGCACGAAUUCGAUGUUGCAGCAGCCGCAGCAGCUGCAGCAGCAGCCGAUGCCGCAAGGGCCGCAGCCACUGCAGCAGCAGCUGCUGCAGCAACAGCAGCAACUGUUGAUGACUUGACACCCUCUACCUGCCCACAAACACCUCCAGCUGGUUUGCAGCAGCAGCAGCAGCACAAGCAGCAGCAAAAGAAGCAGCAAAAACAGCACCAAGAGGAGCAGCACAAGGAACAGCAAAUGCAUCAGCAAACGCAGCAACAUCCGCAGCAGCAGACGCAGCAGCAGACGCAGCAAAAAAAGCAGCAGCAAAAGCAGCAACAAAAGCAGUUUACGUGUAGGCCUGCAUGCCGCUUUCCCGUCCCCUCAGGAUCAAAAGCAGCAGCAGCAAAGCCAGCAGCAGCAGCAGCAGCAGCAGCAGAUGCUGCUGCUGCUGCUGCUGCCGCUAGCUCAUACGAAACUCUUCCAUCAUUACAGACGACGAAGAAGCAGCCCCAGGUGCAUGCAACUAGCAGCGAAGCACUGCAGCAGCAGCAGCAGCUGCUGCAGCAACAGCAUCAGCACGACACCAGAGGGGCAGAGGAGCAGCACCAACAGCAGCAGCAGCAGCAACAGCAGCAACACUCCGCUGCUGCUGCUGCUGCUGCUGCUGCUGCUGCCGAUGAUGAGACACCCGAGCUCCCCUUGAGGCCUUCAGCGCUCGUGCGGCUCUCGCGCACUCUAAGACAGCAGCUGCAGCAGCAGCCGCAGCAACAGCAGCAGCAGCAACAGCAAAGGCCUGCGUGCCGCAGCAACCGCUGCUCUCCCCCAUGUUACCGCAGAAUUCAACACCAGCAGCUGCCGCUGCUGCUGCAGCAGCUAGAGCAGCAAAAGCAGCUGCAGCUGCAGCUGCAGCAGAUUUUUUUUCAAGAGCAGCAACUGCUGCAGCCACAGCAGCAUUUGCUGCAGCAACAUUUUCUGCAGCAGCAGCUGCAGCAGCAACCUCAUUUGCAGGAACAUAGACUGCCGCAGUACAUGCAGCCACACCCCCAGCAGCAACGGCAGCAACAGCAGCAGCAACAGCAGCAGCUGCUGCAGUACCAGGAUUGCCCUCUAGUCGGGCCUCUUAGGGAGCCACCACAGCUGAACUUUCUACUAUCAACACAGCAGCAGCAGCAGCAGGAGCAGGAGCAGCAUCAAGAGCAGCAGAAACGGCAACAGCAACAGCAGCAACAGCAGCAGCAGCAGCAGCAGCAGCAACAGCAGCAACUGCAGAAAGGGGUACUUGAGGAGCAGCAAACAUGUUUGGUUGCGUCUGGCAGCUGCUGCGUCGCUUGCCGUAGAAGCAGCAGCAGCUGCAGCUGCAGCAGCAGCAGCAGCAGCAGCAACAGCAGCAACAACAACAACAACAGCAGCUGCAGCUGCUGCAGCACUCUCCGCGGCUCCUGUUACAAAACUGCAUGCAUACGUAUACAGUGCAGCGCUGCAAUCCGUAUGCAGCAGCAACAGCAGCAGCUGCUGCUGCUGCAGACACGCAGCAACCGCCGCCCUGAGCUGACAUCAACAGCAGCAGAGCACUGCUGCUAUCCGCUGCUGCAAGGGAAAGACAGCGACAGUAUCCAACUGCAGCAGCAACUGCUGCAACAACAACAGCAGCAGCAACAGCAGCAACAACAACAUGAGCAACAGGAGCGGCAGAAUCAAUGGAAAACAUCAUCUACUUCGCAACUCCAGCAGCAGCAGCAGCAGCAGCAGAAGACUCCAGUGCAGACGGACAACGAACAGCAGCAAGAGCAGCAGCAGGACCUGCAGCAGGACCUGCAGCAGGACCUGCAGCAGGACCUGCAGCAACAGGACCGAAAGGGGCUGCAACAAAAGAGGCAACAGCAGGAACUGCAACAGCAGAAGCAGCAGGAACUGCAGCAGCAGCAGCAGGAACUGCAGCAGCAGGAGAAGCAGGAACUGCAGCAGCAGAAGCAACAGGACCUGCAGCAGCAGAAGCAGCAGGAACUGCAGCAAGAGCAGCUGGAGCUGAAGCAGCAGCAACUGUUGCAGCUGGAACAACAACAGCAGCAGCAAGAGCAGCAGCAGCAGCAGCAACACCAAGAACUGUUACAGCUACAGCAAGAACUGAAUAAGCUGGAACUGCACCAGCAGCAGCAGCAGGCGCAGCAGCAGCAGGAGGAGCAACUGUUGCAGCUAGAUCAGGAACAGGAGCAGCAGGAACCGCAGCAGGAAGCGCAGCAGCAGCAGCAACAGGAGCAGCAGCAGCAAACAGAGAGGCAUGAGGGCCAUUUGCAGCAAAAGCACUCUAUUGGCCAUGAAAGCUCGACAGCUGCAGCAGCAGCAGCAGCAACAGCAGCAGCAGCAGCAGCAUCAACACCCAAAACAACACCUUGCACCGGAAACAACUCUCCGUCACCCCUUGAUCAGCAGCAGCAACACCAACAGCAGCAGGAGCUGCUGCUGCUGCAGCAACUGCAGCUGCAGCAGCAGCUGAAACAGCAGCAGCUGGAGCAGCAGCAGCAGCAGCAGCAGCAGCAGCAGCAGCAGCAGCAGCAGCAGCAGCAGCAGCAGCAGCAGCAAGACCGUGGGUGUGCCCUUAAAGAAUGCGACAGAACUUUGACGGCCCGUCGAAGGCAAAUUGCGACUUCAACUUCCUGCAUCAAGAUCAGCAGCAGCAGCAGCAGCAGCAGAAGCAGCAGCAGCAACAGCAGCAGCAAAUUUUUUCAGCAUCAGCUGCAGCAACAGCAGCUGCAGCAACAGCAGCUGCAGCAGCAGCAGCGGAUGAAUUCUCUCUCCUUUUUGCAGCUUGAGGCCGUUAGGCAAGCUGCAACAAAAGCUCCAGAGCAGCGCACGCGUGCAGACCUCGAGGCAUUAAGUGGUGCAUUAAGCACGGUGGUAUUCUUCUCCCGUCUUGAUGAACAAACAAUAAUAUCUUUAUCUAAAUGUAUAAAGUAUAAAUUAAUAAAAAUAAAAGAAAAAGUAUUUAAUUAUGGAGAUUAUGGUGAUAAAUAUUAUCUAUUAUUAACAGGAAGAGUAGCUGUUGAGGUACCUGUAUCUAAGAAAAAAAAACAACAACAGCAGCAACAGCAGCAGCAGCAGCAACAGCAGCAGCAGCAACAGCAGCAGGGUAAUAAUGAUGGGGAACAGCAGCAGAAUAAUGAACAACAAGAACAACAGCAACAGCAGCAGCAACAGGAAGAAGAAGAACAACAAAUGCUGCAGGUUGCUACCCUAGAGGCAGGUGCAGGGUUUGGAGAAAUGGCACUAUUGGAGGAUCAACCAAGAUCUGCUACUAUUGUUGCUCUUGAACCUGUUGAGGCAUUAUGGUUUGUGUUGAAGCUAAUAGUUCGUCAGGGUCAAGAAGCAACACAGGUGGUGUUAGUGCAGCGAGGGUCUGUGUUGGUGCUACGGACAGUAACAUUAAGACAAAAGAGUACGAUGCCCUCGGAAGGAAAUCCAAAGAAGGUGGUUUUGCAGGUCGCAACACUUGGCAAGUUUGCCACGUAUGGAGCAAGAGAGAUAUUUGUUAUAGACAAGAGAUUAUUUCUUAAGGUGAGUUGUGCAUACACCUGA